UUUGUGCGCUUCAUGCGGUCAAGAAUUAUUUUUACUCAUCUGCCUUUGUUUGUCUUUCGUUCCGAAGGCAGCGUACCGACGACCGUGUUCUACUUUUUGAGCAAUUUUCGUGAAUCUCUCCGAUUAACUCGGCUCAGUUUGAAUCUGAAUCUUGGAAGUGUUGUUACGCUGGUCGGCGCUCGAUCCUCAUACUUGGCAAAAAGUGUCACCGAGAAUUACUAAGCUGGCUCAGCGGAAUCGUACACAAACUGGCCAACCAGGAGUUUCGAUCGGUGCCCGCGUCAUAGCCCAUGGCAUGACGGAUGUGAAAAAGCUAAUCAAGUAUACCUCAUCCAAUCAUUUUAGCGAAAAGACAAGAAAGAUCGGGAAGGUGUGAAUGUGUGGUAGAAUCGCGCCGAGAGGAAAAGUUUAUGUAACUGAGAAAGUAGUCCAAAAUUCAAUCUAGUUUGGAACCGCUGCAGGUCGCUAGUUUGUACCGCCUUGCUUGAAACGACAAAUGAGACUGUGCAGUGGAAGGCGCCGUUCAAUACCUGUAGCUCUUGUUCGGAAGCUGUGUGAUUAAUCUUGUUUUGGUUGAGCUGUUUGUUGUUGACGAUUUGUUCUAUUUUGAUUGAGAGGAAACCGUUGCAGUGGAAAAUAUUCAUCGCUGAUUGUGUUUCACCGCACAUGCUUGUAACCAAGCAAAGGAGAUAGUUCAGCAAUCCAGCGCGGAGGAGAGUCCAGCGACUAUCGAGGCAAACUAUCGAAAAAUAUAAAUAGCGCACAAAGAUAGUGUAACAACCUGUUUCACGGUUAACUUGUUCUGUUUUCUCGUGUGCCGAGUGUUUAUAGUCCAAAAAUCGCGCGCGCGUACAAAGUGCAAUUGCAGUUUCGCGUUCGACAAGUGCAAUUUGCGUGUCAUCGCAGCAUCUAUUGCAAUUGCCCAGGGUGGUAAUCUGUUCUGUGUGCUGGCUCGGAGACGAGGCGCUUCUUUGGUUGAAACUUGUGCUGUGCGGAUAGCGUAGCGUUGUUCUUGGCGAUUAUUGAGCCCCGCACCCAUUCGACCGAUAAUUCAUUCAGAAAGGAAGUGAUUACUUCGAUACGUUCAAUAAAGCUGUGCUUUGGACGAGGAAUCAGGAAAGGGAAUUUCCCGCGUCUCGUCGUGUAGAACAAUUGAAUUCCCCUGGCAAGGAUUUCACCGGGAAGUAAACGAGUGCAACAUUCUAGGAAUCUAGUGCAGCGGUAAUAGAAGCUCGUAGCAGGUUUUAUUCGUGGGAAGAACAAAAUCAAAACAAACACAUUUGUCAUCUUGACAGAAAGCGGAUAUGGCUCCAAUUGCUACCACCAAUGAUCCCAAGCUGGCCCUGACCAGUGAGGAUGCCUUGACUGGUCAUUCGAAUGUCAGCUACUUCAGUAACCAUAAAAAUGGCCUUAAUGAAGGAUCCCGUACUGCUGUGAAGCCGGACUGCGGCGUAAAGCCAUGCCCUCUGAGGGCGCCUCUAGUGGUCACUGUCGUUGGUCUACCCUGUCGGGGUAAAUCUCUGGCGUCACACAAGGUAGCACGGCAUCUCAGCUGGCGGGGUGAAAGCGCUAAAGUCUACAAUGUGGAAGAAAAUGCCACUGCCGACACCCUGCAAGAGAUAUCGCUAUUCUUCCAAGAGGGGAACAAUGUUGCGAUCAUCGACGGCAUGCACCUGACCCGUCAGUCGCGCCAGUUUCUGGCCGCGUUCUGCUGCGAAAAGGUCUUCCAUCAUCUCUUGAUCGAGUUCAGCUGCAACGAGAAGUGUCUCCAGGAAAAUAUCGACGAUACGGUACGGUUCUACCAUAAGCUAGAUCAGAACAUCGAUUGGGAGCGACGGAUCAAAGAAAGCAAUGAGCUGUUUACACCUCGGUUCGAGAGUUGCUGUCCCCUCGAGGGACCUCUGAUUACGGUGAACAACUCGGAGGAUGCCAUGUGUCAUUCGGUAACGGCACGUGGCGUCCGGGGAGCAAUCCAAACGGAGAUUCUCGGGGUACUAGCAAGUCCAGUGAUACGACAGCAGACAUUUUAUUUCAGCCGACACGGCGAAUCCGAGUACAAUGUCCUGGGACGGAUUGGUGGCGACUCCGACCUAUCGCCUCGGGGUAUGAAGUAUGCCGAGCGAUUGGCACGACAGCUUGGAGGUCCCGGUGCGACUCCAGACGGUCCGAAACCAAAGCUCAUAUGGACCUCCGAGUUGUGUCGAACAAUUCGAACGGUUCAAAACAUACCCGGUCCGCGGGCUGCCAUCAAAGAUUUGAACGAGAUCGAUGCCGGCAUUUGCGAGGGGCUGACGUACGAGGAAAUCCAGGAGCGUUUCCCGCAGGAGUUUGCCUGGCGCGAUCAGGACAAAUUCAAGUAUCGCUAUCCCCAUGGAGAGUCCUAUCUGGAUCUGCUGCAGCGUGUUGACAGUGUGGUGCAGGCACUGCUGGCCAACACGGAUGUGCUGGUGGUGUCCCAUCAAGCCGUUCUCCGCUGCAUUAUGGCGUAUUUCACGGGAUCGAAACCGGAUGAUGUUCCAUAUAUUAAUGUUCCAUUACACACUCUUCUGAUCGUGCGUUCCUAUGGAUACGAUUUCGAAGUUGAAACUGUUCCUCUGAAGGUGGAGUGUGUUGACACCUAUCGUAUACAACCUAAGAACUGCUCGACGACACGCACAAGUGCGGACGCUCUGACCACGGUUCCGGCGCAUUUCGAUGCACCAUUGUCCCAACAGAUGUCAACCACGAUCAGCUAAAUUUGGUUAGAUUUGGUCAGAAUGAAACACUCUACUAUUGCUGCCUCGAAACAGAAACACACAAACACAAUAGAAUAUAUAACGCAGUCCACGGUUUGUUUAGGCUGCGAAUAAUCAAUCGUGGGAAAAAUCUCUGGUUCUUCCAAAAAUUCGUACAAAAUAAGUUCGAAGCAAAACUGUUACUACAACACAACAUAACAAAAGCCAAUUAUUUCACACAUAAUUAAUCGCGGAUACCUUGUCGACGUUAGACGCAAAAGUGAUGCAGUUGGAUGCGGGUCUACACACCUACACACACCCACACACACACAUACGGAAACACAAAACAUCUUACUGUGACCGAUAAGAGCACACAUUUUAUUGAUGUUUCAUACUUUGUAUUUUGCUCUACAUUUGAAAACCUUCCAACAAUUGCAAGUUAAUUAGAGCGCUUAUAUAUUUAGAUUCACGUAACGUUUAGUGAGACAAUGUAGAGAGCAAGGCAAACGUAACCGUGAAGAUGCAUUUUGAUAUACACACAUAUGUUAAUAAUGAAUUCGAAUCAUUGAAGCGAUGGUUGAUAUGUUGACAUGAAAUGAAACAUGUUUCGACUGCUACAGCACACAAAACACAAGAGAAUGAAACGUAGAAUAGCAUGCGUUCGUAAUGUAUAUUUUUAGUUAUAAUAUUGACUUUUAAUUCGUAGAAUAAAGGAAAAUGGAUAUAAUGAUAGAAACAAUGCUAAAUAUAAAGCCAUGUAACGAAGUUAGAGAAGUUAA